CAUAUACCAGUGUCUGCGAAUGCGCCGCACUUGGGUUGCGCAGCCUUCGUUAUCUUCACCAGAGCCCUGACCAAGCGUUCUCAACUCAGCAGAACAAUUCUGAACGAGGAAAACAAUCUGCCCCGUUUAAGCCACAGCUUAUUCCCCCCCAGUUCUUGAAUUUUUCCGGCUUACUACCCCCGCUCCCAAUUCCUCCGUACCCUUACCCGUGCCCUUCUUACCCGAUCCGCUUCCACAUCAAACCAUUUCUCCUCGUGAGCGUACGAGUAUUUGGUUCCGGUUUCUGGAAAUCUUCCAGCGUGACGACCCUCACCGCCUCAGUGAGACCCGUCAAACUCACCUGACAGACCACCUGUGGGGGAAGAGGCAACACCACACCAGGCAUCGCCUUCCACCGCUCAGCCUGUGUCCUAUCUUAUCUUUGCUUAUAUAGGCGUACGUCGCCCUCAGCCCGCAAAACGGCAAUACAAAAGGGGCCGUUGUUUCUACCAGAAGAAGGACAGGCCAUUACUGUCGCGGUACAACACCUACGGUAGCCUUACGAAGACACUCAACACUUUCCCCCUUCCACCCAACUCGGCGCGCGUCGGCGAAACGUUUAAUUUCCAUCUCAGACUUUGUACUGUGCACCGGUUUCCAUCUGCUUGAGAACACCCCCUACACUGUCUCGUUUUCCACGGAAAUAAAAUCAUGUUGUCUGCGAAACAGAGUCCAUCGAAGGAAUCAGGCACAGGGGAAGAUGUGGAAUCCAGUUCAACAAGCUGGAAAAGGAGAUUUGGGUUGGGCAAGAGGGAUAAGACCAAAUCAAACUCUGGCUCGCCACCGCAGGAGUCGACUUCCCCCACGCUGCAUCCGACAGACGCCCCCGAAGCUCCGCCAUCGACAGCUAAAGCAACAACUCCCUUGGCCACUGAUCCCCCGCAAUUACCAAAAUUAACAGAUAUUCCCCCUAUCACCACAUCCCCUCCUAGCGCAACCGUCAGGAAUGCUGGUUCUCAAACCCAGUCACCUACACCCCCGAUUCAAUCAUUAGGCUCAAGUUCUUCGCCCCACCUUGUUUCCAGACCCAACACAGCAAGCCACAGCUCAGCAACCCACCCACGCCUAUCAACUAGUAGCUCCCAGAUAUUUGAGCGCAAUGUUCAAGAGCAAACCAAUUCAUCCCUGCCACCCCCAACGUCUCCCGCGAUCCCAGCGCAUAUCCAAACCGAGAACCACAUCCCCGCCGUUUUGGAAGCAAGCUCUAUAGCAAUAACAGACGAAAAAUGUGGUGUCGACGAGGUCGAGAUCAUUAUGCAUAGCAUGCACCAACCCGCUGUGUCCGUCGUUGCACCACCUCACUCGACCACUGCAUCUAGCCCAACAUAUGAUACCCACCAACACCGUCGAAGAUCGCCCUCACCUGCCGGUGACAAUGCCGUAGACGAACCUGCGUCUGCGGGCCAUUCGGGUGACGAAUGCUCCCCAAAUGGCAGCAUGGGCUCCGGGGCCGCAACCGCAGUGGACAAACGUAGAUUGUCGUUCAUAUCGUUCGCGGAUGUAGUGCAAGCCGAACAAGCCGAGCACGCUGAACACAUGGAAUUUCCCAAUUCAUCCUUGAGUUCUAUCAAUAAUCUAUCCCCAUUGGGCGGCUCCCCUCAACUAUCGCCAGCCGAUGGAGAAACGGGUAUCCCGACAAUCAAUGAGGCACUUCGACACCGUUCGCCGUCGCCCAUUCGAUUAGGAUCUAGCCCCUCCGGGAAUUCCGCGUCAGGAUCCGUGCAGAGACCACUCAGCGGGAGAUCUGGCGCCAGUUCACCAUCUAGACCAAGCACCAGCGAUUUUGGAAUGGAUAGGGGUGAACUCACCAUCGAGACAAUGAGGCAGGCAUUGAGGAAGACUGGGAGUGGAGACUUGUCGGGGUCCACGGGCAGAAACCCAGCGUCGCCCCCGCCAUUUGGGAGAUAGUGAACAUGGCGAGUAAUUUGCCAAGGGAUUGUUUUCUUCGUUGUUGUUCUCUUCCUUCCCCCCUCCCCCAAUUCCAGUUGCGACCAUGUUUUUAUCCCCAGGGAUUGGGAGAGUGUUUAAUUGAGAGGCUUGCCGCAUUGCGGGGCCGGGCUGGUUCUUUGCUGUCUUCUAUCAUUUCCUGUCUCGCUCUUUUUCUUUCCCCUUCACAGAUGGCUCUACGUAUAAGGCCCUUUUCCUCACUUUUCCACAUCGUUUGCAAUUGAUCAUCGUACUCUUAGUGAACCGGAUAUACCCCCGGCGGCCAGCGUAUGAACUGGGUGUAUUUCAUUAGCGUAUAGUGAAAAGGUCCUUCCCAUACGAUGGGCCUUUUCUGCUUUAUUUAUCUCAUUCAAUU